AUGGGUCGCCCACAACUACACAAGACUGAAGAGGCAUGGCUCAAAGCUGCCUGCCGCUCCAAUCGAAAAUACUAUGAGAAGAACAAGAAGGAGAUUGGGCUCAAGAUGACCAUGAAUUAUCAUUGCAAGAGGUACAAUGCUAAGUCGAAGCAUAGAGAUUUGGCAAGUACAUUCACGGCCCCCAAACCGAAUCUAUCGUCACUUACUCCACCCUCUCCACCAGCACAUAAGAACAGUGUUAUCUAUACUCUUCAUAGAUAUGAUAUCAAGGAUGCUCAAUCCAACCUUGUUGUAAUUUCUGCUGAAAUCAAACCUUUGUGCAUCAAGAUGGUACAAGAUUUUCAAGACAACCGAGAAGCUAUACAGGCACACCUUUCUCAACAUCUUGAGACUCUGGAGCGCAUUCAAGGAUUCCUGUGCUUGGCAACUUUGGACAACAAUCCUCACCCAAAUGCCAGUGAUUCAGUUCAUGUAGCGGUGGCUGGUGUGAUGUGUCAGUCCAAGGCGAUCACAAUGGCUACAGAGGAAUUAUGGUGCUACUCAGCUACAAGGGAGAUAGACGAAGAAAUGACUUCAAAAUUCCUUUGCGGAGGUUUGUUAUACCAGACUAUAGUGUUGAGCUUCGAAGAUGAGUUGCUUCAAUGGGAGAAACAAGACACGAUCCCUCUUCUAAUCAGCUCCAAGAACAUGAUGCCCACAUCCAAGCCUCAGCCUAUGUCUAUCAAGAAGCAGGCAAAGCCCUUGUGGGAAGUUCAGGACGAAUUUUUGCAGGUGUUUUCACCUGAAUACUUCAGGCUUCAGGAUGACAAGGAUCACAUCAUUUUCUUCAACAACCUUUAUGCACACUUUUUUGCACGCUGGCCUGAGGAGCAGAGGCUUUUUCCCGGCAUCACUUGA